GACAUGGCUGUGAAGGUGUGUUUGGUCCCAGGCUCCAGCUACAGGAGCACAUCAUCUGUGGUGUAAAUGCAGGGUCUCAUGAUGCUCCCCUUAGCAUGAAGGAGUCCCACUUGAUGGAUUCUUCUGUGUUUUCCUCACCUGAACCUCAUUCCUGUCUGACAGACUCACACGUCUUCCCCUCAUUUUGCAGGUUUCUCCCCUGGGGUCUCUGGCUGGUUGGUGGCUUUCUGUGUCUUGUUGGUUCUUUGUUUAGUGGUGACUCCCCUGAUGGUCAUUCAAUGGAGAAGAAUGAGAGACACAAACACCAGAUAUGACUCAAUAGUCGGAUUCCUUCCUAUUUGUUUUCUGCACAAGGAAAUUGAAAAGUCACAACGUGUCACCAAUGCAGAAUGGAGGAGAAUAUGCAGCUCAGCAGCUGAUGUCACUUUUGACCCUGAGACUGCACAUCCAUGUCUCAUUGUGUCUGAAAACGGGAAAGAUGUGAGACACACAGACACACGACAGAGAGUGAUGAACAAUCGAAAGAGGUUUGACCACUGUGUUUAUGUCCUGGCCAGAGAAGGAUUCACGUCAGGGAGACACUACUGGGAGGUGGAGGUCGGGGGGAAGACUAAGUGGGAUUUAGGAGUCGCCAGAGAGUCGGCCAACAGGAAGGAGGAUAUUAAACUGAGCCCAUAUGAUGGAUACUGGACUGUGUGGCUGAGGAAUGAGAACGAGUACAAGGCCCUCAAUUACAGUUCUGUGAUUCUACCCCUGAGAGUGAAGCCCCAGACAGUGGGGGUCUUUCUGGACUAUGAUGAAGGUCAGGUCUCCUUUUACAAUGCCCAGUCCCACUCUCAUCUCUACACCUUCACAGACUCCUUCACUGAGCCCCUCUAUCCGCUCUUCAGUCCUUGUCUUAAUGACGAUGGUAAAAAUGCGGCCCCUCUGGUCAUCUGCCCCCUGCGCACACACUGACCCCUCUGUAUUAAUGUCAUCUGUCCAUCUCUGAGCAGCACAAAGCCGAUGGAGACUUUCUUUAACAUUCAGACCACCGAACUCAAAGCCCCCCUAAGGUGUCCUGCUGUUUGCUGCUCGUCUGAUUUUCAUUUUCAGGAUUUCUGUGUUUAAUGAGACAUCAGGACUGAACACUUGGGAUUUUUAAAUGGCGUCGGAUCAAAGCGUCGGCUCCAUCAUCAAAUGUGAAUCUGAGGGUCUGAGAAUGAACAGAAAUCCUGAGUGCGCGUCUUUAAUUUGACAUUCAAAGAGGAAUUCAACAAAGAUGGUCGUGUUCUCCACAGCACCGGAUUGGUUUUCUUCAGUCGUCGUGUGACGUCACUUGCUGGUGGUCAGUCCUGAUGACCCUGAGGUGCCCACUUUGUGACAUUUAAAAGACUGAGAGGACAUCCGAGACCCUGAAUAUCGAGACCACCAUCCAUUUUGUAACUCACUUUUCUAAUUCAGGGUCACAGGGGGCUGUCAAUGUGGGGGGGGGCAACACGGAUAAGAACCAACCUGUGACACCAGAGCUGAAGGCUGGACCACCAAUCACUGUGCUACUACGAGACCACCGAUCAGACAAACCUGAAUUCCUAUCUAGCGUUAUAUACUUCUAUUGUUAAACGUGGACUGAAAUACACAACACUGUAAGUCUGCUGAGAAGUUCAUCAACACUGAGAUGAGUUUUGAUGAAAUGAAAUAAAACAGAAAGGGACGUCAAAUGAAAUAAAGAAAGGCAGGAAUUACAAAAAGAAAUCAUCGACAUCAGUGAGGUGACACGGCGCUGUCCUCUGUAAGAAAAUGGCUUCUCGUGAACUUCUCUGAGGGUCCACUUCAUAAUCCUGAGACUCCGGCAAACUUGUUAUUCACUAAUUUGAGUAACCUGACUGGGGGUCCACAUUAUCUGCCCCUCGUCACCCACUGGGAUAAUUUAAAUUAUGAGACUCAUGUUGUUAUCAUAGGACCAAAUAAGAAGACCUGAUGAAGAGCUGAACUCAAAUCAUUCAACUUAGCAGAGGUCAUUUUAUGAGGUAAGUCAACAGGUCAGCCAGGAUGCGUAAGUCCCUUUGGAUUAAGGAGUCUGAUAAAGGACCAUCAGGGACAUUUUGCUACCCCAGCAGGGCCUCUUUAGUCCCGUUGUGGACUCAUUUCAGUGACACACACAGGUGGUCUGCUGCAGUGCUGGAGUCGGAGUGUGUGACAGAAAUGACAAUAAUAAGUUUAAUUCAUGAACAGAGUGCUAGACGUGAGGAAAAGAACUGAAGAAACAGAAUUUAAAAAUGGACGACUUCACAGAAAUCAGAACAAUUAAAAAUGACAAUAGAAUACAGAAUUGUGUGUGAAUGGCACCUCUUGUGGUCAUGAAGUGUAAUUAAAAGAAUUAAAAAUGGA